UUCCUAGCCGGGAUGAAAAAUGUCCGCGCGUAAAAAAGGUCGUGAAAGUGGGACCGGCCCUUUAAGCACUGAGCACUUUGAAACGGGUUUUUUUUAAUUGCGGCUUGCAUUCGACUGCUUAGCAUAUUCUAGUCAAUUUUUUUUAAAUUUCCUCUUGUAUUUGCAUUCGAAAUAGCAGUACAUGGUGCAAUGAAUCUGCUCCCCCCUAGCUGGGUUCGUUUUAAGUUCUCUGUUGCACGAACUCAGUUGCUGGGUUGGAUUUCUAAGCAGGAAGUUCGCGAGUCCAGGCUCUCUGUCUCUCUCUGUGUCACCGUCAAUGCAAAGCACCCGAGGAACUGUAUAAGGGGCCAGGGUGGUCUGAAAAGCGUCGGGAAAGAGAAACGAAGAGCAGGCAGCGACCAGGAUAUAACGUCAGUGCGUUGGUGACGAUCGCCACCAAAACAUUCCUGCGCUACGACAAGCUGAGAGAGCUGAUAUCGAGCAUUAGGAGGUUUUAUCCCACCGUCACCAUUGUAAUCGCGGAUGACGGCAGCAACCCGCAAAAGAUUGAAGGCCCGUUUGUUGAGCAAUACUUCAUGCCUUUUUGGAAGGAUGCGUCCAUUGAAGAAGAUCGCCUGCACCUCGCUUCUGGUGGCUGUUGUGGUUGGCGUGCUGUGCGAACUCACUGGGACCAAAUGGCGGUAUAGGAUGGCCGUGGACAUUCACUAUCAAAUGGAAAGCAUUCCAUACGGCCAGCACAAUUAUGAAUUCACGAAAUCUCUGCUGAAUGGUUCAAUGUUCAGAUGGAAAGAGUCGGUGGUCAGGCAGCUGACAAGAAAGGAUUGCAAAUGUGAAAAGGAAGAAUCCUCACUCGGGGGCAUGCUUAACUGGAGCACUGUGACUGAGCUGGAGACGGCCUUCAAUGCAGCCGAACGGCAUGAGGUGAAGCAGAGGAGAGAGAAAGAGUACCAACACUUUCAGCAAAGGACGAAGACUUCAGCCGACACUCUGCUCAUCGCCCGAGCAAACUCCCCUCUGGAGUAUCCAAUACAAGGUGUCGAGGUGCGACCAUUGAAAUCCAUCUUAAUACCAGGUUUGAGCCUGCAAGCAAAAAAUUGGCGUCGUUAUGAGGUCAACGUGACGGCCUCGCUCGGGACCUUUGACGUGGCUGCGGAGGUGGACGAGGUGACGGUGGACGGUGCCGGGCAGAUGCACCUGUCUCUCUCCAGCGCCCAGGUAGACAACCUGAACCGCCAGCUCCAGUUCAUCACCUACACCAACACCAUCUUCAACCCCAACACGGCCGACACGGUGCAGUUGAAGACACCUGGACACCGGGCGGCGUUUACCAUCAAAAUCCGUCAUCCCGUCAUCCCGAAACUAUAUAACGUCAAGAGUCAGUCAGGAUAUAACAUCAGUGCACUGGUGACGAUCGCCACCAAAACCUUCCUGCGCUACGACAAGCUGAGAGAGCUGAUAUCGAGCAUUAGGAGGUUUUAUCCCACCGUCGCCAUUGUAAUCGCGGAUGACAGCAGCAACCCGCAAAAGAUUGAAGGCCCGUUUGUUGAGCAAUACUUCAUGCCUUAUAGGAAGGGUUGGUUCGCUGGGCGGAACCUGGCUGUCUCCCAAGUCCAAACAAAGUAUCUACUGUGGGUCGAUGACGACUUUAUCUUCGCUUCGGACACCAAAUUGGAAAAGAUGGUCGAGAUCCUGGAGAAAACCACCCUGGAUAUGGUUGGAGGAUCUGUGAGGGAGGUAACCCAAUAUUCUGCGACGUUUCAACACAUGAUGAGCGUGGAGCAGGGCGGCAAAGAUGGCGACUGCCUGACCAUCCGCAAGGGCUACUACCACGAAGUGGAGGGAUUCCCCAACUGCGUGGUCACGGACGCCAUCAUCAACUUCUUCAUGGCUCGCACAAACAAGGUGCAACAAGUGGGAUUCGACCCACUCAUUGCCCGGCAGGGGCACUUGGAGUUUUUCAUCGACGGCCUGGGCCUGCUCCACAUCGGCUCUUGCAGCGACAUCAAGGUGGACCACGCCUCCAAGAUCGUGAUGCCGUGGACGAAACAGAGCGUGAGCGAGCGGCUGUACAAGGCCUUCCGGUACGUGCAGCCGGCUGAGGCGGACGGGCGGCUACAGGAGAAGCUGCUCUACUUCAAGAACCGGCUGAAAUGCAUGAAGAACAAAUGAGACGCCGUCGGAGGCCGUUGCCGGGCGUGCGGCCCCCACGAACAAAGUCGACGCUAACUCGGACCCAGAGGUCGCUGAUCCAGCCGUCUCUGACAGAGCCCCAGCGCAACCCUCCUACAAAACCCUUCAACUGCAGAGGUUGGAAACAGACGGGACGGCGGGCACACGAUGGCGUGCACGCUCCUGGCACCCUUCUUCUUCUUCUUUCGUGUGGCGUGUGCACAGCCUAAAGUUGUUGGACAACUUGUUCUAUUUGAUCUUCCGUUUGUGCACGUCGAGUCGAUUGCAUUAGUCGAAACAGGGCGGACCCACGUGAAGGUUGCAAUCUUCCACCCUGCCCGCACCUCCAUCUCUUUCUAUUCCACUCCUCCGCUGAUAUCCUCCCCGAUGCGGGAGCAGAUCGCCCCAACGCGAAGGGCCCAAACGCCGCCGCCUACGGGAGUCAAGACCGUCCCGUCAACGGGGGCUCAAGGCCCACGACCGAGGAAGAACCAAGGGAAGGGACUUGAUCUUUAUUUCACCUUCCACCACAGUGAGGAAUGUGGAGGAGUCACUGUGGUGGAUGUUCAUGUUGAAAUGUGUUUUUGAAGUGAGUCUGUUGCUUUUAAUUGUAUGAAUGACCUGGGCAAUGAAAUUCCUCGUAUGUUGCAAAACAUACUUGGCGAAUAAAGUGUGAUUCUGAUUCUGA